AUGAACAACAUGAUGCAGAGGCUCAUGCAGGACCAGAAUAGGCAGCAGCAGGACCCGAUCCCGAACAUGCAGUACUUCGCACCCGGUGGAGGUCAAGCGGGGGCAACCACCAUGGGCCAGGGGCCUGCAGCAGGAACCCAGGCACCUGCAGCAGCAACCCAGCAGGCACCCGCAGGGGCAUCUGCAUCGGUCCAGCAAACAGCACUUGUGGCGGCAACGAAUGCAUCAGCUGGUGUCUCGCCGGCAGUGCAGUUGGAGAUGAGUGAUCCUGAAAACGACGAGGCCGACGAGGCAGAAGUGUUGAGGCAGGCUGGGCUCGUUGCAGAUGCAGUCAACAAGAAGAAGGGGAUUCUUAAGAAGCCUGCAGGCUUGCCCAAGGCCGUUGCAAAGGCCAGUGCAAAGGCCAGUGCAAAGGCCAGUGCAAAGGCCAAAGCAGUACUGAAGGAAGUGGCUGCAUGCCCUGAAGUCCUUGACUCAGCCUCCCGGCGAGGCAUCAAAAGGGCACGGGAUUCCGAGCUGGAGGCAGAGACUCCUCAUGGCCCUUUGGUGGCCAAGAUUACAGUACCUGGGGAGGUGAAGAGCCGAAAGGCAGCUGGAGACGAGGAGGUGAAGAUCGUGCCGACAGAGCUGCCGAUCCUCAACCUGAUGGCAUGGAUAUGGCAUGUUUGCCAGUCCAUGCCUGGUGUAGCUGCCUUUUUCCAAAGGCAGCUAUCGAAGUACCCGUGCACAGCAACCAGCCCAUGGCGCAUGGCUUUAUACAAUGAUGAGAUUAGUCCUGGCAACCAGCUAAAAGCCAGCAACACCAGGAAGAUCCAAGGGUACUACCUCAGUUUUCUCGAGUUUGACGCCGAAGGCCGAUGCCAAGAAAACCUUUGGUUCCCUUUGAACUUGACUCGGUCUUCGGUGGUCAACAAGAUCCAGGGCGGGCUGUCUGCACUCACCCACAUUCUGGUCUCCUCGGAAUCGUUCCUGAACCUCCAGUCGGGCUGUUUGCUGAACAUGCCAACCGGGGAACGGGUCAUGUUCUUCGCGAAACUGCAUACUGUAGUUGCAGACGAGGCAGCUUUGAAGUCUAUGUACGACUUCAAGGGCUCCAGUGGGACUUUGGUUUGCCCGCUAUGUGCCAACAUAACAAGCAAGACCCACGGUGAUCUGCCAGCAAAUGACCACUCGGGAGAAUUGCAUGACAUAUCAUGCAUCGACAGCAAUCUGUUUGUCCGCAGAACCGAGAAUUGCAUGACAUAUCAUGCAUCGACAGCAAUCUGUUUGUCCGCAGAACCGACAAUCAGAUCUUCACUGCACAGGCACUGCUGGCGAGAAGGCAACCCAUGCUGA